AUGGCAGCUGUCAUUGGACAACGCCUGCCAAAACUAACAAAGACGACGCUGACAAAAUUUCGCACUGAUGAAAGCUUGGACCAUUUCUAUGCUGAUGUUGCCUGCAAGAGUGAAGGCCUGCUUAGCGAACCAACGCUUCCAAGAAAACGACGCACUUUGGUCAGACUGGAGGUUGGUGCUGGAGGUUGGUGCUGGUGCACCAAGCUAUCCCCAAACUGCCAAAGAUCACUUUAGAGGGGUCUAUUAUGAGGGUAUUCAUCUUAUCGUCGGGCUAUAUAUCACCGCGUUAAUCAGGAAAGCUUCAGCUCCUACGCCCAGAUGGAGACCCUCUUGGUUAAAGCUCAUAUUGGUGACGACGAGGCAGAGUUAAGUUUCGUGAUGCGUCAUACAGGGAAGAUGUUGAUACAGGGGCGCUACCUGAGCAACUAAGUAUUUUGGAAGUUAUGUUAAAGGAGGAGAAGAUAUCAUGUUUUAACGAAAUCCUGUUGGCGGUGUUAAAGUUUCCAGAACCAGAAAAGAGGCUAAUUCAGGAAGUCCAAACUAUCUGUAAGCUGCUUGCUGUAAAUCCUGUUACCAGUGCUGCUGACGAGCGUUCACUCUCAUCUGCACGGGGUCUGAAGACGUCGCUUCGUUCCAAGAUGCGUGACGAAAGGUCUAGCAACUUAGCAGUGUUGCCGGAAUGGUCACAAGCGGAGAACAGACAGUGUCUCUAUAGCUGA